CUACAAAUGAUAAGCACAGAGGAGGAAGUGCAACAACACACGAGCCUCACUGAGGAACGUAUCAAACGGUGUCAGCAAAAGGCCUCUCCACAGGAGAAAACAGUGUGGAAACAAAGAGGAGCGACAGAUACAGGUGGUCUCUGGAGAGGACCAGAUAGGAGAUUAGUUCUUCCCCCUACCAUCAGACAGAAGGUACUGGAAGAGGCUCAAGGAGUAGGACAUGCUGGUCCCGCUCAGAUGAACAGGCAUUUGUGCCAUUGGUGGCAUCCAUAUCUGACAGAUAUGACAAAGGAGUUCAUGCGAAGGUGUCAGGUAUGUAUGGUGUAUAAUCCAAGGCCAACAGUGAAACCGGAAAUGGGUGCAUUUCCAAUGAUCACUAGGCCAGGGCAUGAAAUUUCCAUUGGUUACACAGACAUGGUGGACACCGUGAGGGUGUACAGGUACGUAUUGAUGUGCGCUGACACCUUCACAGGGUGGCCAGAGGCGUGGCCUACAAAAAAGGAAGACAGCAAAUCGGUGAUUAAAUGUCUGAUUAAUCACUACAUUCCAGGACACGGGUUUCCUGAAAAAAUCAGAUCUGACAAUGGUACACAUUUCAAGAACACACAUCUCCAGCAGGUGGAGACAAUGUUGGGGUUGAAGCAUGCAUUUGGUACAGUGUAUCACCCACAGUCACAGGGAAGGGUUGAGAGAGUGAACCAGAACAUUAAAGGUAAAUUGGCUAAAAUCUGUGCACAGGCGAAAUUAAACUGGGUGGAUGCACUACCACUAGCUCUGAUGUCAGUAAGGAGCUCUGUGAACCAGAAAACAGGGUUUACUCCCUAUGAGUUACUGACAGGGAGGCAGUUUCCAGGCCCAGGAGCUGAACUGAAAAUGCAAGAAGGGUUUGAAAAUGAGGUUUCCCUCAGAGCAUAUUUUAAUGAACUGCAAGCUCUCGUUUCAGGUUUCUCCAACCAGGUGGGUGAGAGAGGCACACACGGGAAGCAGUACACAGUGCCACAAGCUGACUGGGUGCUGCUGAAUGUGAUAAAACGGAAGUGGUCGGAGCCAAGGUGGACAGGACCAUUCCAGGUGGUGGAAAGAACAUCUCAUGCAGUGAGACUCAAGGGAAAAGGUGACACGUGGUACCAUUGGAGCCAGUGUGCAGCAGCACCAGAACCAAUGAGGUCCCUAACAGAGGUGCAGAAGGACCUGCACAACCAAGCACAGAACACUGACUCGGACGAGUCAGAAAGAAACCAGACCUCAACAUAGGGGCAGAAUAAUCCCCUGGUCUGUGUUAAGGGUCUCAGGGUAGUCUACCCCUGAGACUGAAGAAAGAAGAUCAGCAGAAGGAGAUCCACAUCCAGGAAGAAGACUGCAGCAGCGUAGUAGUGCUCAGGAGGUUUCCUAGUUCAGAGUUUCUAGAACUAGAACCAAAGAGAGGAGUGUUAAAAUGGGGAUGUGGGGAAAUCCUACGCUGUUGGGGGGGUUAUCAGUGGGAAUUGUUAUCAUUUGCUACUUUUAUGGCUAUUUUAGUUACAUGUGGUUGUUGUUGUAUUCCUUGUAUUCGUGAUUUGAUCCAAAGGGUGAUCACCACUGGUGUGGAGAAGAGAGAUGGUCAGCACAUGCAUAUGAUGCCCCUGUUAGCUGAUGAUAAGCACCAGGUGGAUCAACUCCAAUUUGAGGAGUGUUCUCUUAAAAGAGAUCAAAAGGGGGAAAUUGUGGAUAUACAACACAACCCUACAGUGAUAUUGCAUGAUAUGAUUCUCUUAUAUGCUUACUUAUUACUUAUGAUUGCACUUAUGAUACUCAAUAUUGUGUGACAUGCUUAUCUUAGGUAACUCAGCAGUUAAGACAGAUAGAAGCUUAUGCUGAAUAACAGGAAACCCGGGCCCUGACAAUAAUACACUCUGACACACUUCACACUUUUCUUAAUACAGUCACACACACACACACACACACACACUCACAUGACAGCCCUUAAGGCACACUAGAAAUAUUCUACACCUAUUGACAACUUCCAUAUAAGGUAACAUGGGAUGUGCAGCUGGG